UCAAGGGAAUGAAAAUGAAUAAAUAUCUGGUGGGUUAGUCUAAAGUCUAAUAUAAUCAUAACCAUUAACCAAUACAUUAAUUAUCAUUUAACUAAAUCUUUGUCAUAGGAUCACUUACCUAAAUCUAUAAAGCAUGCAAAAGAAAACAUAUAUCACCAACAUCACAUGGUUUUUUGGAAUAUUAUUUGAGUUCUUAGUUUCCCUUGCCAAGUAUGGGUUCCUUCCAUUUUCUGAUUGUACUUCCAACUUUAUUUUCCCUCUUUGUUCAUUGUUCUCCUUUUCCCCUCAUAGAAGCUGCAAGUGAUCUUGCUACGCAUUCUUACUAUAACUGCACAAGGAACAGCACUUCUGCAACCGAUAAGGCUUACCGUUCCAACGUUAAAACACUCCUAGGUUGGCUAUCUAGCAGUAACAAUGGCAGAUACUACAAUACCACAGUUGCUAGCCAAAACACCAUGGACACUGUCUAUGGUCUCUUCCUUUGUGCUACCGAAAUUGACCUAAAAACGUGUCAGUCGUGUGUAAAAGACGCAGCCAAACUCAUAUCAUCACGGUGCACCACAGCAAAAGAAGCCAUGAUUUGGCACGAAGUAUGCCAAGUGCAAUAUUCUGAUCGUCGCUUCUUUUCCACAGUGGAGACGAGUCCUGAAAUUUCUUUCAUGAACGAAAAGGAUUAUGUGGGUGACGUUGGGCGCUUCAACAACAUUCUGUGGGAUAUGUUGAACGAUUUGAGAAGAGAGACGGGAAAUACUUCUGCUAAAUUGGCCAACAAGUCAGUGAACAUCACAGAAAACCAAAAACUAUAUGGCUACGCUUGGUGCCUCCCAUACCUAUCUGCAGAGAAUUGCAGCUGGUGUCUUAGUGAUGCCAUAGCAGGAGUUCCAACCAGCUGCUGCAGAGGAAAAGCUGGAGGCACAAUAUUAUACCCUAGUUGCGGUGUUAGAUUCGAAUUAUAUCCAUUCCACAAAGCACACAAAAAUAUUACUUGGGUGCUGCCUCCACCCACAAGUCCUAGCCCUUCAGCUUUACCAGGUUUAAAGUUUUUUUUCCCUGCAUUAAGGUUUAAACUUUUGAUUAUCCUUCACAUACACUUUCUUAAUUUUACUACCAUUUCUGACACAAUAAGACAGCAAUCAAAUUAUUAUCGUACCAUAUAUUAUUACUGUCAACCCAUGACUACUAUAUCCAGUAAGAGAUAUAUCUUCUGUAAUAACUUGGCACAUUGAGAACAAGAAUUGAAAUCGCCAAUAAUAUUUUCAUAUCCCUAAUAUGAAAAUACAAAUAGUUCAUCAAUAUUUUAUUGACUAGUAGGGAAUGUUAGGUUUUAGAGAAAAAAAAGUUUAUCUAGGUAACUAAAACCAGAGUUAUAAUUUUUCAAACGGAAUAAUUAGCACAUUCAAAUAAGCAUAAUAUCUAAGGAAAAUCAGUAUUACAUUCAAAAGUUCUCUCUGGUCAUUUUUAUUAUUAUUACCAUUCCUGAACUCAAAACAAGCUAAUCCAAAGAAGACACUAAAAAUAAAAUUCCAAAUGCUUUCAUUUACCUAACAGGGGUCAAGCGGUAAUCUUUGAAUAAUCAUUUUCUCAUUUUUCGUAAUGGAAACUGAAAAUAACACAAGGUAUUGACGCAGGAAAAUGAAAACAGAAAACACUAACAAUAUUCAGGAUCAUUGUUCUAACUGUUGUUUCACUGGUGUUUUUAGUCUUGGGAUGCUGUUGCUUUCCACAACAUUCCUCUUUUAUGUCGGCAAAAACGGUCUAACAUGACAUAAGCCUUCUAUCAACUCCAACGCCCCUGCUCUGAGACUGCAGAAUUGACACAAACAAAAAAAACACAAACAGAAAUAUAAAUCAGCUAUUGAAUAAUAUUAGGAUAUAACUAUGAAUAAUAAUGAGAAAGGGGAUAUAGUUAGGAUAUAGCACAGUAUUAGGAAAUAGCUAUUGAAUAAUAUUUAAGAUUUAUAUUCUUAUUCUCUUUCUCAUUAUUAUUCAUACUUAAAAUUGUAUGCUAAAGGGAGUUUAGUUGAUGCGUUUUUAACUGCUUUCUAUUUCAUAAUUUCCUCCCGUCUCUCCAAUGAUUUUAA